AUGACCGAAACUGAUAAAUCCGUAUCCCGGAUUUCUCUUCACCAAUUACUGGAGAUAGUAAAACCCGAGGUUCAGCAAGAACUUAUAAACUCGAUAGUAAAUCCCGAUAUUUCUCGAAGAAAUCGUACACCAUGCAAGGCUAAAAGAAAAAAAUUAAUUUUUAACGAUACCGCAUCUGAGUCCUCGUCUUCAUCUGAAUCUGGUUCCGACUCUGAAUCGUCUAAUAAUGACGAAGAUUUUACUGUGAAUGUGGUGAAAGCAAAGAAGCGUGUUGCAGAAGCAUUUAUUCCUAAUUCAGAGAAUAAGCCUUUUGUUAAUCAUAUUAAUGGUAUCAAGACUGACAAUCAAAAAGAUAAUCUGGAAUGGGUAACUUCUAAAGAAAAUAAUAAUCGCAAAGUAUUCCCAAAUCCCGGACAGUGUAGAUCUCGAAAAGUUAUACAAGUAGGAUUAGAUGUGGAAAACGAAAUUCUGCUAGAGGAUGGCGUUGGAUGUAUUAUGAAGAUUAUAUAG